UAAGCAUGAACGAGCCCACGAGUUAUUGCGAAUCUGCGCGCGAAUCGCCGCGCGUUAUACGGACCUAUACCUAUCCUGUGACACACGCAAAGUGUGAGAAACUACGAUAUAACUGUAGUUGCUCAGGGCGGCGGCUACACCUUAGCUCGUUAGGCUGAUCCACCUUAUCAAAUUGUCAUGACAAAAUGGAUUAAUGCUCAAAGGCGGAGGCAUCUCAAGCUUCAUAGUACAUUAUGUUAUAUAGUUACGUAAUGACUAAAGCCGUUGGUAACACAUAUAUAAAUAGUCUGCAGGUGUAACCGCGACGGGGCACGCGUCGAAAAAUAAUCAUAAAUCAUUCGACGCUGCUGCCAUAAUAGCGUCUCCGCGAGCUACGAUCGAGCGUGUCGACCCAUCCUCGGCUGAAUAACACAAAAUGUUCAUCGGCGCACUGCCCCCCGCGCGCUGAGCAGCAUAGAGAAGCUGUCGGCUUAUUUAUGAUGCAAGACAUGUGUGAGCUUGCGAAGUUGCCACACCACGACUUGCGCGCGACCCGUGGUGGCGCGAAUUACAGAAUUCACAUUCUGCCCAGCAGACAACUGUCACCUACAUUUGUCACGAUGAGAGCCGAGAGUUCUGCAUGCGGCUUCUCUCAUUUGCGCGUAUGGCAAAGAAUCGCAUUUCGAGUUGUCAUGCCCUCGCGUUCAAUGACUUUACAAUCGAAUUUACAUCUCGCGCUGCGAAUAAAGUCGAAUCGAGCGAUUCUCGAGUGCGCCUGACAGCAGCCGCGCGAUGCCUCUUAUCGCGCAGAGUCGUCUGCUCUCCGAUGCAGAGGACAAUGUAUCAAUUACAACCUCUCAGAGGUGCAGUGUGCGCGUCGAGCGAUGUAUUUCAUAAUACGUGUCAUCGCGUGAGUUUUUGGAGUCGAUCAAAAUCGACUCACUGCUCAUGACUGCGUCAGCGGGGAGCACGACACUAUAUACACGCGUUCCACAUGCACGAGCAGUAGACGGCAGCGCUCGAGAUAGUUAAACGUCUUUAUUUCGACUGUCAGUGUGCCACGAUCCGAUAUUACGUAUUAUUGAAACAGUGAUCGUUUGCUGCAUUUAUUUAAGAAGAUUAAUCACAGGCAAAAUGAGUGUUGAUUAAGUAUCAAAGACUGAUCGACGGGGUUGUAAUGCCCAAAUUUAUUCGGUGAAAUGCCCGAUAAGGAACCUACGUUACAUCGCAUUGUUACGACGUCUCUACAGAGUUUUUUUAAUUUAAAUAACAUCAAGUUACUUACUUCACUCGUUCACAAUAGUCUGCACUUCCAACAUGACAGCUGUCGAAGCCACCCCCUUUAUACGUACCAUCGAAUGGGACAUGAUGGACAAGACCAAGUUCUUUCCAUUGAGCAUGCUGUCAUCUUUUUCAGUAAGAUGCUGCCUCUAUCCCUUGACUGUUAUCAAAACACGUCUACAAAUUCAAAGAAAAAGUCACAUGUACUCAGGCAUGAUUGAUGCAUACAGAAAAAUUUAUAAACUUGAAGGUUUUUCUGGUCUGUAUCGAGGCUUUUGGAUCAGUUCUAUACAAAUAGUAUCUGGAGUAUUUUAUGUUUCGACUUAUGAAGGUGUUAGACAUUUGUUAAAUAAUGAUCCAAAUACAGCAAAAUUGGAUUCUAGAAUUAAAGCUUUAGUUGGUGGCGGAUGUGCUAGCAUAGUUGGGCAAACUAUAGUUGUGCCAUUUGAUGUACUAAGUCAACAUCUCAUGGUGCUUGGUAUUAGAAAUAGUCAAGGACAAAUUGUUGAUAAAAUGGGUAUGAAUCCAUUAGGAAUAUCUUUGGAGCCUGGUAAAACCAAAGCUCAAAUCUCAAGAGAAGUAGUUAGGCUUAUUUAUCAAAGAGAUGGUUUUCGAGGUUUUUAUCGUGGCUAUGUGGCUUCUUUGUGUGCUUAUGUACCAAACAGUGCUCUUUGGUGGGGACUUUAUACAACUUACCAAGAUGAAUUAGUGAAAAUUCUACCUACGUGGGUAUCUCAUUUAUUGAUACAAUCAAUUGCUGCAACACUUGGAGGUUUUACAACAACAAUUAUUACAAAUCCUUUGGAUGUAGUUCGGGCCCGAUUGCAAGUUCAAAGACUAGACAGUAUGUGUAAUGCUUUCCGUGUACUGUGGUUAGAAGAAGGUUUACGUAUGUUUACCAAGGGCUUAUCUGCAAGACUUGUUCAAUCAGCUUGCUUCAGUUUUUCAAUUAUUCUUGGUUACGAAACCAUCAAAAGAGUUAGUAUACAUGAAAAGUAUAAGAAUUAUAUUAGGUGGUGAAUUGUACUCUGGAUUUUAAAUUUAAAAGUUUCUUGCGAGAAACUUUUAUCUCCAAACAAUGUGUAUGUGAAGAACAUUAAUUCAUAGAAAUGAAAGACAAAUGUAAUCAGAGUACCGUUAGUACAUUGUUUUUUGUUGUUCUUCAAAUAAUAUUAAAUCAAAAUUUUUGUUUGAAAUAAAAUUGCCAGAGUAUCAUUCCAUUCAACUUUAUUCUAAUCGAGGUACUGCGAAAUUUUUGAACGAUUUCCCAUGGACUGAUGUACACAACUAUUUAUAGGUUUGUCUUCUUUAGUACAUCAAUAUUUAUUUUGAAUAAUGUAAAUACAUGUGUUUGUACAAUUUUUCAUGUAUAAAACGUAUGCUGUUGGUAUUACUGUAAUAAUUAUUUGCAUCGUCUUGAGAAAAAAUACUGGUAGAAUAACUAAUCAAAUUUUGAUGGAAAAAUAUAUUCAGAAUAAUGGAUAUUUUUUUUUUAAGUUAAUACCAAAAGUAUACAUGGUGUACUCAAUGUACUUUCGACCCAUGUUCAUAAAAAUGGUGCAAUUAUUUAGUCUGUAAAACAAUGAAAUUAUAUAUAAUUGGAAUUUUUUGUAUCAUAAUUAGUCAAAGAUUUGAAAAUUAAAACAUUUCUAAAUGCAUUUUAGAAAUAAUUUAAACAAAUUUUGUUACGAAUCAUAAUCAUUUUAUCAAUAGACUAUAGAUAAAUAAUCAAUGUUGCAUUCAUCAAAAAUGCAACGUGAAAAUUUUAUGCUGAAUAGCUUCACCAUCCCCCAUAAUGUUUACAGUAAUAUGUAUACUUUCCAUUCAUACGCAAUAUCAUUUUAAUAUUGCGCACAUGUAAAUAAAGUUAACUGGUUUAUAUCGUUUCUUUUUGUAUAGGUCUUAAAAAUCUGAUGGGCGCUGUGCGCUUACAUACGUAAAUUACUUAAAUCGAAUUCACAUAAAGACUUUAUCAUAGCCAAUCGUGCAUUGUAAAAAUAUUAAACAUUGUUAUACCUUGCAGAACCACGUAUUGAUGUUCGUUGUAGAGAAAAAUUUUCAUUUUGAUGCUACUGUUUGAACGAGUGAAGCAUUUUAAAGAUUUUUUUUACAUAUUGAAACGUUUAUAUACAUUUCAUUAGUCUUCAAUUUCUUUUAAAUGAAUAUUACAAUUACUGUAGGAAAUUAUCUAUUAAUAAUUCUAUUAAAAACGUACUGACAAUACAGCUGUCUGCUAUACAUAUUCACGAUAUUGCUGCGUAUUGAAUGAAAAUUUUGUAAAAUGAACUUGUUUAUUGACAAUACUUGAGAAGGUAAAGAAAUUUUAUGUGUUCUUUGUAUAUUUGUUAUUAUAACUAUUAUUGUGAGAAUCUGAUGAAUGAAUUAGUAAAAAAUAUAACAAUUGGCAUAAUAAAUAUUCAAUAAAAGUAUUUUUUAAACCCAUUUAUUUA